AUGUACCUCACACUGUACCACCUUGUCACCCGCCUCCCUGACUCCCUUCGCACAGUGAGGGACCAGUUUCUCGCCCUCUCCCCCACUGACCUCAUUGUCGACCUCCUCGAGAAGGAACUCCUAGCAGCUGAGAAGAGCAUUGUAGCUGUAGGUGCCUCUCGUGGUGACCUCCGCACCCCCUUCUUUGAGGGGUGCUCCCCCUCCCCCCUCCUCCCCUCCAUUGCAUCUGCUGCCGCUGUCGACUUCCUCAGAGUUGAGGGGGUCGGGGCCGCGUCUGCUCCUAGUGAGAGGCGCAAGGGCGGCAGGGGCAAGGGGGGCAGGGGUGGUGGAGGUGGAGGCGGGGGCGGCGACGGUGGAGGGGGUGGGGGGGGCGGGGGUGGUGGCGGAGGUGGGAGUGGCGCGGGUAGUGGGGGGGUCAGUGGCGGCACAGGGGGCAGUGGUGGCGGAGGUGGUGGGGACGGUGGUGGCAGUGGUUGCGGAGGUGGAGCGGGUGGCGGGCGCGGUGGAGCGCGUGGGGGGUCUGAGGGUGGUGGUACCUGCCCGUACGUCAUCCGCACAGGUGACCGCACUGGCCAGACUUGUGGGAAGUUUCACACGGCGCAGCGCUGUUUCUUUCGCCUCGAUGACGCCUGGCGCGAGCAGUUCCCUGACGCCUCUGAGCUGCCCCGCUGGGCUGAUCAGCUUAAGAAGGGAAUUGAUAUAUUUGCUCUUGAUUAUGAUGCUAUCCUUGCUGCUAUAUAUGCAUUGACAAUUAGUGUUGAGGGUGACUGUUACCUGAGUGUACCGCCCGACCCAGGUAUUGGGACCGGUGAGGCUGCAGCUCUAGGUGCAAGUGCGUCUGCUGCUACAGGUCCUGGUGAGGCUGCUGCCCUAGGUGCUAGUGCAUCUACGUCUGCUGGUACUGCACCUACUGAGGCACUUCACACCUUCACACUCGACUCAGGUGCUUCCCGCUGUUUCUUUCGCAACCGCACUGCCCUAGAGCAGCUCCCUAGACCGGUUGCUGUCUCCCUGGGUGACCCCUCAGGGGGUCCGGUCCUUGCGACCUCCACCACUGCCCUCCCUUGUCCUGCUGUCCCGUCUGGCACGCUGUCGAGCCUCUACCUCCCCUCGUUCUCUACGAACUUGGUGGCGGGUUCCGUGCUCCAGGACGCGGGUGUUCACCAGUUCACUCCGGCCUACGAGCGUGUGACGCACUGCACGUGUGCCCGGACGGGUCGUCACCUGGCUACCUUCACUCGGCAGCCGGGGCCAGACUUGUACACACUGACCACUGAGUCCCCUCAUGUAGCUGCGUCUGCGUCUGCGUUAGGUCAACUGUCGGCCCCCUGCUCGUGUCGCUCCCUGUCGCACAGGACUCUCCUCUGGCACCACCACCUUGGUGACCCGUCAGUGCAGCGCCUUCGCGGCAUGCACCCCAGGUACCUUGUCUCUGGUCUUCCCAGGGUUCUCCCUCCCCUACCACCCUCGCCUACUCCUCCCUGUCUUCCCUGUGUCGAGGGGCAGCAGCGCGCCGCUCCUCACUCCUCCUCGUUCCCUCCCACAGAGGCUCCCCUACAGACUCUCCACCUGGACGUGUGGGGCCCCGCCCGCGUUCGGGGACAGGGCCACGAGCGGUACUUUCUGCUGGUCGUCAACGACUACACGCGCUACACCACGGUCUUCCCCUUGCGUACUAAGGGUGAGGUCCCUGAUGUCUUGAUCCCCUGGAUCCGCGCUGCUCGUCUCCAGCUCCGCCAGUGGUUCCAGUCGGACUUUCCUGUCCUACGUCUGCACUCUGACAGAGGUGGUGAGUUUUCCUCUGACCUCCUAGCAGCCUACUGUGCGGAGCACGGCAUCCGCCAGGCGUUCACUCUCCCGGCCUCUCUGCAGCAAAAUGGAGUUGCUGAGCGCCGCAUUGGUCUUGUCAUGGAGGUCGCUCGUACCUCCAUGAUCCAUGCGGGUGCCCCCCAUAUCCUGUGGUUGUUUGCAGUGCAGUACGCCGCGCAUCAACUCAGCCUCUAG